UAUAAAAGAUGUCACCUUGGCUUCUUGGCUGUUGUGUUGCACAUUUUUCACCAUUUUUGACGAUUUAUUGAGGAAAAUAAUAUUUCUCGCGAAUACCAACAGUGUUUGUGUGGUGGAUUCAGAGUUGACGCUGAUACAGCAGUGACUAGUCGUGGUUUAAUACAUUGACUACCAGUGAGGUAGUUCAGAUUCUCAGUCAAAUUCUGCAGUGAUUGUGUGAUAACACUACAGUUAAGUUGGCCGAGGACGCUCAUCCCUCCAUUUACAGCAGCUUAUCUCUUGCACGGCUCCGCGGAUCACCGACGGGGUUGCCCUGUUGAUCUUUUAAUGAAGCUGGGGAUCCUCCGCUGCUCCAGAUGGCCCCGUGUUGUGCUCUUAUGUCUGUGGGACAGUGUCUGUGUUGUUAUUAAUGCUGUACAUGGCGUGGACCCCCCUCAAGCUCUGAUAAGUCCUCUCUCCCCCUCCCAGGCCUGUCCAGAUAGUGAAGGUCAAGUCAUGUGACUUUUGUGAUGAUAAGAGGCGCAGUACGCAUCUGGAGCUAGGCGGCAUCUGUUGGCGUUUCACAAGGCUCAAAUCUAACUGCUUGUUCCUUGUAUAGCGGGUUGUGAUCACCAGGGAUCAGGGACAUUUAGGGCUUUAGCCAGCAGUUCAGUUAUCCAUGAUACAGAGCAUCUUUGUCUAGGAACUAUAGAGACAUUGGGGGCUACGCUGUUUCAGGCCACCAAGAUCAGAGGCUUUUUUUUAGCCAUGAAUGUCUAGCAAGGGGGGAUUUGAUAUUUCACGUUUUGCAGAAAGCUUUCAGAUAGUAUUCGUUUGUGUGCUAGGCUACAGUUGUUUGUAGUUUCUGAAACUCACUUCCCUAACAGUGGCUGUUGACAGAAAAAAUCUGUUGGCAUUCAGCUGCCUUUUGUUAAAGGCUCAAGCUACUGCAAAUCCUGCUGGUCAGACAAAUGGCAGAGAAUGAGAUUUUCAGUGAUAUUGUGUGUCCCGCUAUAAAUGGUAAUAUCACGUAAAAGACGUUUUCCCACCACCAAUGUAGAAACUGCACUGUGAAUGGAAAUGGGCCUCGGUGUGAGCCUGACCAUUUAUCUGAGAUCACAGUAGGUUAAAGCUUGGUAAGUUGCCUCUCUUCUCGGGAUGCAAAAAGCCCGCUGUAGCUGGGAGUUUCAUCCAGGGUUAUGGUCCUAUUUUUUUUUUCUCUAGUCCAUUGAAGCCGAGUCCAAUUCAGUGGGAAAGCAGAUCAGUGGGAAGCGAUACUGAGUCGCUCAAACUAUCUUUCAAGCUGUGUGCGAUAUAGAAAGACUAAAAGGCCAUGAUUGCAAUUGCAUGGACAUAUGUCAGUGUGUACCGUAGCACCCUGAAUAUAUUUGUGUUACAUAGAGUUUUUUCAUAUCCCUAUCUUUGAACGUCGGCGGUGAGAGGUAAUCAUCAGGAUCUUGAUGGUUUCCUUCCCAGCAUCUAGAAACCAUUACCAUAUUAAUAGAACUCAGAGGUGCAGGGGAACCGUAUCCCCUUCAUGUCCUUUAUAAAAAAGAAGCAAUGAUUCUCCACAUGGUGACUUUAUUUGCAGAACUUAAAUCUGUGGUUUCCUAAGGGUGUGUGUGUGUUUGGGUGACUUGCCAACAAAGGACAGUGGGGGAACCAAGACUAUUUUUUAUUUGUGAGUAAAAGUUGUGCUUUCAAAGGUUUACUUCUGUAAAAGUACAAAAAUAUUAUAAGUCAAAUUUACCUAAUUAUCAAAAGCAAAAAAUACAGUACACGCUGGCAGGUUCUGUCAAAUUCACUGCUUUACUCUGACACACACACACACCGGCUCAGUACUGCGUGAGACACAUUUCAAAUAAAUUCUUACUCCAGUAGAUGCUGAGAACUCUCGUAUCAAAUGCAAUAAAACCCUCAAAAGUAAGGGAGGAAACAGCAGCAAUGUGUCACAACAUUUAGCCAACACGCAGAACAGAAACGUGCAGGAAUGUUUUGUCAAGCAGCCGUCCGUCCUCGUCCACUGCGGCUAACGUUAGCGAUGCCACACGGAGUUUGAUCAUAAGAGUAAGCGAAUCAAUGAAAGCCAAUCGCUCAGCUUAAUUUGGGAACUUCUUGUAGAUUGUCGGGCUGAGGCUGCAGCCAUGACUCACCGAAUAAUAGUACCAGUAUCGAUACAAUCCUAACGAUGCUCAUCCCUACCAGGCAGUCAAGAAGACCAGGAAGUAAGUUCCUGCCAUGAAACAGCAGUGCUCAGUGUGAUAUGUGGGGAUUCUUUCUUCCCUUUAGUGAGUUCACAUUGCUAUAUAUAGGCUGGAUAUGGAGGUAGAGAGGCCACCUGGAGUGGGUGUCUCUUCCCACACAUGGUCCUCAUUGUGAACUUGGCUGGAGCUUCCACUGUCUUGCUUUUCCUUGAUUCCCUUUGUUUUCCUGUGUCUGUGAGAUUUGCUCAGCUCCCACACACUGACAGUGCCACAAUCCUGUCGAAACCUUGACGGAAAGCGAGAGAUCGUCUCUCUCUCUCUCUCUGUCUGUCUUUCCGCCCCUCCUUUCCUUCUUUCUCCAUUCCUCUCACAGAUAAUUAGCAGCUGAGGGGACAUGGAGAUGGAAAUGGCCCUCUUGAAAUCAUUAUGAUGCUGUAUAUAUAAUGAUUAACCAUGUUACAUAACUGACAUCAAAAGCAGACUGAACCGUUGCUUAUAUAGACGCGUCACAUCUGUCCACUUAGAGGUGAAGGUUGAGAUACGAGACUUGUUUACUGAACAGAAUGUGUGGAGAAACAAGCUGUAUCUCCUGUUUCUCAGCCAGUGAAGAGCAUCUCUGAUUGUUUUUUUCCACACGCUUUCAUUACACCAACAACUUGGUUCAUGCUGGCCAGUCAAACACGGUGCUCCAGCUGUGUGCAAAGGCUCCCGUCUGAUGGAGCAGUGGCUGUCCGUCUUUGUGAAGAGGCACCAUGUUUCCUUGUCACGUGACCCCCUGGCCCACUGCUGAACCGCCAGCCUCCUGUGGUCAUGCGCCCCCAGCACAGCCCUCACAACCCCUGCCUGAUCUGCUGCGCAGCUGUCCCGCUCCACCUCUGAACACCCACUCUGAGACGCCCUCGCCAGACCCCAUGGAGUCCCUCAUCGUGGUCACGGAGUACGAACCCAGCAGGCCGCCUGGAGAGGCUGAGGAGGAGGAGGUGGAGGAAAUGGACAGUUCUGAGACGCCCAAGCCAGCUUCCUCCACGGUGGCAUCCUUCCGGACUCCCUCCUGCGACCUGCUGUCCCACACGGUUGGCCGGUCAGAGGCUCUGCUACCCGAAAGCCAAGCGCAAAGGGGGAGAUUAAACAUGUUAGACCGGAAGUUGUCCCUCCAGGAGCGCUCGCAAACCGCGACAUCACCCUGCAGCUCUCCGGGACUCAACGGGCGUUACAUUUACCCGUCGUUACCCUACUCUCCCAUCACAUCGCCCCACUCCUCUCCACGCUUGCCCCGCCGGCCCACUGUGGAGUCCCACAGUGUUUCCAUCACAGACCUCCAGGAUUGCGUUCAGCUCAACCAGUACAAGCUGAAAGACGAGAUUGGAAAGGGCUCCUAUGGUGUCGUCAAGCUGGCUUACAACGAGGAUGACAACACAUACUAUGCAAUGAAGGUUUUGUCCAAGAAGAGGCUGAUGAGGCAGGCAGGUUUCCCACGGAGACCCCCCCCCCGUGGAGCCAAGGCUGCCCCUGAGGGCCCCCCUCAGCCCAAAGGGCCCCUGGAGCGGGUCUAUCAAGAGAUUGCCAUCCUGAAAAAGCUGGACCAUUCUAAUGUGGUGAAACUGGUAGAGGUUUUGGAUGACCCCAGUGAGGACCAUCUGUACAUGGUGUUUGAGCUGGUCAAGCAAGGGGCUGUGAUGGAGGUGCCGACAGAGAAACCUUUCAGUGAGGACCAGUCACGCUUCUACUUCAAAGAUCUGCUCCGGGGAAUCGAGUAUUUACAUUACCAGAGGAUCAUCCACAGAGACGUCAAACCGUCUAACCUGUUAGUGGGAGAAGACGGACACAUCAAGAUAGCAGACUUCGGAGUCAGUAACCAGUUCGAGGGGGCUGACGCUCUCCUGACCAGCACAGUGGGAACGCCUGCUUUCCUCGCCCCUGAAGCACUCUCUGAGACCAGAAAGAACUUCUCUGGAAAGGCAUUGGAUGUUUGGGCCAUGGGGGUGACACUUUACUGCUUUGUCUUUGGAGUGUGUCCAUUUAUGGACGAGCGCAUCGUUAGUCUUCAUCAGAAAAUCAAGACACAACCUGUGGAGUUACCUGAGCGUGCUGACAUCUCUGAUGAUCUCAAAGAUGUGUUGCUGAAAAUGCUGGACAAGAAUCCAGAGAGCAGAAUAUCAAUCCCAAAGAUUAAGGUGCACCCGUGGGUGACGAGGCACGGCGCUGAGCCUCUUCCUCCCGAGGAUGACAACUGUUGUAUGCUGAUUGAGGUGACCGAAGAGGAGGUGGAGAAUUCUGUUAAACACAUCCCCAGCCUGGCUACAGUGAUCAUGGUGAGGACUAUGCUGAGGAAGCGCUCCUUUGGGAACCCCUUCGAUUGGGGCCGUAAAGAGGACCGCAGCACGCUCAGGAAAGGCAGAGCAGGCAAUGUGAAGUACUGCUACAUUCAUUGUAACCAAAGAAGGAAACAGGAGAGCGGCGAUGGCAUGAGGAGUGUGGACCUGCCCUACGUGGGAGAAGAUGAGGCUCUUUCCUGAUGCAGAGGGUUGAUUAUGCACGCUGGUAUCUGCCUGCCUGUACCCACACAGCACAACACCCCUUUACUCACAGUUUUUGAUACUGGCAGCCUACACCUGUGUACAUUCCCUGGGAAGUGGACAAGAGUGGUGGACGCAGAGAAAAAAAGAAAAAAGAAAGAGAAAAUAUGAUCUGAAAGCAACAGUUUGAUUUAUUUUUCUCUUUCAAGGCUCAGUCUGGGUGUUGUGGGACUUGUGACUGUCCCAUGGGAACUUUCCAUUGAGAGAAUCCUCCUGAACAUUGAACCCGUCUUCAGCUCUUAUUGCCCUAACCCACUCUCCUCCUCUUAUCCUGCAUGCAUUUAUUGUCAUCGCAUGCUUCGUCUCAGGCUUCAAUUGUACAGUUUUGUGUUUUAAUGUAGUUUUAGCCUCUUGUGUUUCUCCUUGUCUUUACUUGACAAUUCUUUCAGGUAUACAGGGCACGGGAACAGGCGACGGUGAUGGUUAACGGGGGGAGGGGGGUGGUUGUCUUUCGCCAUCACCUCGGCGUUCUCUUUAGUCGAGCAGGUUUUCGUGACAAUGAUUGUCUGGUUCACUCUGCUUCAAGAGUAGCAGUGCCCAGUUUUGUAACAUAUUUUAGAGUGAAGAAUCUGUACAGUUUUCCCAAAAUGACAAAAAGGGGGGGAGUGAAAAAAUGUUUACUUCAUUGAAUGCAUGUGUUUACGUUCCCAAUGCAAAGACGCUAUUUCUAAACAUUUGCACCCUCAUAGACACGCAAUUUAUUUUCCCCGUAUCACUGGCUCUUUAAGAAGGCUGCCAUUUACUGCAAUCGAUAGAAAGCAUUAAAAACUGGUGAUCUCGUGCUUUGUGAACAGUCAAAUCCAUCGUUACUGUAUACAAGAUAGCUUAGAGAAAGGGGAUGUUCUUCUUCAGCAAAGCUAGUACUUUUAGUAAAUCUUUUUUAGGGAAUAUUGAUAUGAUUUGUAGGUGUUUGCAUUUAAUUUUUUAAAUUCAUAGAGCUACAACUAAUAUAGUAUUGAAGGUACUGGUCUACCAAAUGCAUAUGAGAAAAGCAGAUGUGUCGGUGCAAAGUUAUUCUGUUUGCGAUGGCUCGUUUCUCUCCAGUUAUUCGGACGAGCGAGGUCGUGUGUCGUGAUGCCGAGGAACCGAGUUUCCACUGUGUCGUUUCUUUCUUUCACCUCUCAAAGUGGAUGUUUGUACGUAGACUGAAAAAUAUCCGAAGAUAAUGAUUAUUCAACCUCAAGUUACAAUUUGUGAAUGUUCUGUUUUGUAUUGUAAGAAUUUCUGGUGUUAUUUUGAAAAGCGAACAUUUUCAGGGCACCAAAAGAAAAACGUGAAUUAUGACUCAUUUUGUAAAGUAUAGUACGGUAACGUAAAGAAAACAAACCUUUAAACUACUUGUUCUUCAUUGAGCUAUUAGAGCUGGCUACCGAAGUGAGUUUUGAGAUGGAAGCAUAGUGCAGCUGCAGACUUUUUUUGUACAAAACUAUGCAUGACAUAUCUGUGGAGGAGUUGAAUUUAGAAUGUGUUGUCAUCUUUGAUGCGAGAAGGCCACUCUGCAAAUAUUUCAAAUUCAUGAUAAAGUACUUUUCUAUGUAUUGAUGUGUUGAUUGUUCACUUUCUUUCCUUUUGUUGAUGUUAUGUUUUGAGUACAAGUAUAGAUACAAUUUGACGUGUCUCCAACAUAGACUAUCGACACAAUAUUGAUUAUAACAUUUAAUGCUUCCACACUGAUUACUUCAGCACUAAUGUGUUUAAUGUACGAGAAAGGGACUUUUUUAACUUACUACUUGCAUGUCACUCUGAAGUGUCUGUUUUCUAAGACCAGUACUAUGCAUACGACGUGUCUCUCUCUGUAUGGUGCAGUGGUACACCCUGGCACAUCGUCACUUACAGUGGCUGGAAGAGGAGGGCAUAUGUGGUUGACUGAUUCUAAUUUUGUUUUUUUGCUUACCCAAAGUGUUUUCCAAAAAGAUGUAAUUGUUGUACUGCUUAAUGUGGAGUUCUGCAAAUAGAGACAGGCACUCUGCCUUUAAAUUUCCAUAAAAUGAUUGUACUGUACUUCUAAAUUAUAUAACUCGAUGAUGAUAGCCAAUGAUUUUUUUUUUAAUGCCCAUGAUUUAGCCAGAGAAUUAAUUGCAAAAAUGUGUCAAUUUGUGUUAUACUGUGAAAUGUUACCUCAUUUGCUUUCCACACAUUUCAUGAGGGAUUUUACAUUCUGUCGUACUGUAAGUCUCUUCUGUCGACUAAGAUGAAGUUUUAACCUCGAGGAAAACAACUUAGGUACUUCCUCUUUGGUGUGAAUAUUUUGACCUCAACGACCAACAAGAAUGAACUGAAGGAAAGUUUGGGUCUGACUGCAGGGUGACAGUGCAAGCCACAGAAAAAGCUGUAAGAUAAAUAUUUUAUACAUACAAUAUUUAAACUUGUAGUUAUUGUCAUAAGGGCCUGGCUAAGUUGUUAACCUUUAUUGCUCACAUGGUUUUGCAUUCAGCAGUGUCAAUUUAUUUAAUUAAGAGCUUUGGGGUCUCUUUCCCCUAAAUGCAUGCCAACAUACUAAACACAUACCACUAUUGUCACAGCAUGAGAGGUCCUUGGCAACAAAACGGGGCCUUUGAAUUCAUUAUUAUACAUACUGUAUCUUCAUCUUUGAAUAAAAUAUUAUUGCCUUUC